GUAAUCAUAAGAAAAAUAUAAAACAUUUACAAAUUACUGUAAUUUAAGUAAAAAAAACUAUUUUAUUUAGUAUUUAUAGUUAAAGUUUACUAAAAAAGAAUAUAAAUUAAAAAAAACCGUAAAAAGAAAAAAAAUAAGUGAAAAUGAGUGACGACGAUAGAGAUAUUGACAUUGAAAGUGAUGAUGAUAACGACUCCGAUGCUGGGGGCUCACAACAGCAGCGCCACACUAGUACACAAAAUUUUACCCAAGAGGAAAAACGGGCCCACCACAAUGCUCUGGAACGAAAGAGACGUGAUCAUAUCAAGGAAAGCUUUACCAGUUUAAGAGAGGCUGUUCCCUCGUUAAAGGGCGAAAAGGCAAGUCGUGCCCAGAUUUUAAAGAAAACAACCGAAUGCAUACAAAUCAUGAGACGGAAAAUACAGGCCAAUCAAAAAGAUGUGGAGGAUAUUAAAAAACAAAAUGCUGUGCUGGAGGCUCAAAUUCGUAUGCUUGAAUGUGCUAAAAGUGGUUACGUUAUCGAUCCAACUGAAUAUCAGCAGCUAACAAAUGGCGACCAAACAUUGCAACAUGACAGUUCGGAUGGUGAUGAACAAGAUUUUAGUCGUCGCAGUAAAAAAAUGAAAACUUCCUACCAGGCAUAGUAACUAAUGGAACAAUUUGAUGAUAUGAAAGUUUAGUUUCAUAUUUAGCAACAAAAUAACAAAACCAAAAAAAAAAUCAAAUCAAAAUAUGGACCUGUGAAACCAAUCAAUCAAUUAUGGUGUAUUGAUUCAAUCGAUUUUUUUAGAAAAAUAUUAACAUAAAUUCACAUACACACACUAACAGUAAAUUUCAUAAAGACAAGAAUUGGAAAAACAGUUUGGAAUGUUAGUGUUCUAUAUACACUUUCAGUAUGAAAUUGCCUGUAAUAUAUAGUACAUAAAAUCACACUUUUUGUAACUAACUUGUUAAAUAGAAUAUUUGCAAAUAUCUAUUAAUAUAGUUAUAUUUGUAUAAAAUUACAUUAUUAGAAACGUAGACAAGUAGACAACUUUUUAAGGGUUUAGAAAAAAAAGUUAUCUUUCCCACUCUAUAUAUUUUUGUGUCUUUUAUAAAUGUUUAAUAAAAAAAAUAAGAUAAACAA